AUGCACGAGCGGGUCGAUGCCGAGCUGAACGCCAUGCUGCCGGCUGGUGUCAUCGAGCCGGUUGACUCCUCCGACUGGGCCUCUCCACUGGUCUUACUUAACAAACCUGAUGGAUCGCUUCGCAUUUGUGCGGGUUACAAGGUAACAUUGAAUCGUGUCUUAUUGGCAGAUAAAUUCCCGGUUCUUAAGAACGAAGACUUAUUAGCGAAUCUUAGCGGUUGUACUUGGUUCAGUAUCAACGGAAUCGUAUACCAUAGACACGCAGACCAAUUAAGACAUGCAUUUAAUGUUGCUUUUGAUGACACGCCCAUACAUAGUGAGAAAUGCAGGCACAGUUCAUUUAACCCAUUUCUAGAUGCAAUGUCCAGGCAGAACGAUAAACCAGGCGGUGUCUCGGAGCAGUCAACAGGCUCGAUGGAGGAGGGUGCAGGAGUCCAGCUGGGUACGACAACGUCAGAUAUUAAUAAUACAAUACAACCACAAAGUUGUACGCCCGGACGGACUCGCCGCUAUCCCCUAAGAAAUAGUAAACCACCAAUACGGUUUCCAGAGUUUGAUUGA